AUGGGAGACGAGGAGACGGCGGUGAGGCGACCCCGCCGCUCACCCCGUGGCGGCCGCUCUGCUCAGCCCGCGGUCGAGGCGCCGCCGCCGUGCGGGGCCUGCAAGUCCCUGCGGCGAAAGUGCGUGAAGGGCUGCGUGUUCGCUCCACACUUCGGAUCGGAACAGGGAGCGGCGAGAUUCGCGGCGGUGCACAAGGUGUUCGGGGCGAGCAACGUCUCCAAACAGCUCAUGGCCGUGCCGACAGCACGCCGUGGAGAGGCCGUGGCCACCGUCUGCUAUGAGGCGCAGGCCCGCCUGUCAGAUCCCGUCUACGGCUGCGUGUCCACCAUCCUCGCGCUCCAGCAGCAGGUUACUACGGCUCACUCUCUCUCUCUCUCUCUCUCUCUCUCUCUCUCGCGCGCGCGCGCGCGCUCUUUCGCGCGCUCUCUCUGUAUCAAUCUAUCGAUCUGUCUACCUUUGUAAUGUUUUUAUCCUGUUCUGAGUUGCUUCAGGUUGCGGCUCUCCACGCGGAGCUUUCCAUGGUGCAGAUGCAGCUCUUGAACACCAGGCUCGUCGCCGAGAGCGCUGCCCGUGGCUCCCACGUCUUACACGCCCUUCAGCCGGCCUACUCGAAUAAUUCUUCUGCCUCCAAUAAACUCGCCGACUUCAGCAGCCUCCAUUUCGGCGGCCCCGCCGCAGCUCCUCGUCCCUCGGGACCGAUCCUCCGCUGCCAACCUUGCCACGCAGAUGACGGCGAUGAAGGAGACAGUCAGGACCCUUCCGCCUUCAUCGACGAGGUCUUCAGCCGGAAGCAGUAA